CGCCGCCGCCACCGGAGGAUGAUUACUACAGGAGGGAACCGCCGCCGCUGUUCCUGGGGGAGCUCCAGUCCCAGAACUCAGAUCUGCAGAGGGAACUGGGGAACCUCAAGAAGGAACUCGAACUGACUAAUCAGAAGCUGGGCUCCAGCAUGCACAGCAUAAAGACAUUCUGGAGCCCCGAGCUGAAGAAGGAGCGGGCGCUGAGGAAAGAAGAGAGCGCGAAAUACAGCUUGAUCAACGACCAGCUCAAACUGCUCAACCAAGAAAACCAGAAACAAGCGAUGCUGGUCAGACAGCUGGAAGAAGAACUUCGUCUGCGAAUGCGCCAGCCCGCUCCAGAACUACAACAACAGCUGGAGGCGCUAUACUCAGAAAACGAACACCUGCAGAGAGAGAUCGCCAUUUUGCGAGACACUAUAAAGGAAUUGGAACUUCGGAUUGAAACACAAAAGCAAACUUUGCAAGCGAGAGAUGAAAGCAUCAAGAAGCUAUUGGAAAUGCUGCAGAACAAGGGCAUGGAAGAGGAACGACAGAUGUUCCAGCAAAUGCAAGCGAUGGCACAAAAACAGUUGGAUGAGUUCCGACUGGAGAUCCAGAGACGGGAUCAAGAAAUACUGGCGAUGGCUGCAAAAAUGAAGGCUCUGGAGGAACAGCACCAGGAUUACCAGAGACAUAUAGCAGUUCUCAAAGAAUCGCUGUGUGCUAAAGAAGAGCACUAUAGCAUGCUUCAAACCGAUGUAAGUUAUAAGGUGGAGGAAUUGAAGGCUCGGCUGGAUGAAAAGAGCAGGAUGGUCGAGAAGAAAACUGCCGCGGCGCUGGCAGCGGCUCACGAGCUGGCCGAGCUGAGAGAUCACUCCGAGAUCAAAGACAGGAAGAUCAACGUGCUGCAGAGAAAGAUUGAAAAUCUGGAAGAUCUCCUCAAAGAGAAGGACAAUCAAGUGGACAUGGCUCGAGCUAGAUUAAACGCUAUGCAAGCACACCAUUGCUCGUCUGAAGGAGCUCUUUCUUCCCUCGAAGAGGUCAUCGGCGACAAAGAGAAACAAAUCCAACAGCUCAGAGAACAGAGAGACAGAGCCGAACACGAAAAAAACGAAGAGAGGGAGCUACAUGAAAGAGAAAUAGCAGACUACAAGAUGAAACUCCACGCGCUGGAGAGUGAAGUGGAAAAACUCGGCGCGAGAUUGGAAAGAGCUCAGGCUGAAAAAGACAGGCUCGAAGCCAAGCUAGAAAGCUCUCAGUCAGAACUUGGCAAAUCCAAAGCUGAACUAGACAAGGCUGCAAGUGAAGUGGGAAGGUCGGGCGCCGACUGGGAAGCGGCUAAACAACGUCUAGCCAGACUCGAGCUAGAGAACGAACGGCUUAAGCACGAAUUGGAGAGAUCACAGACAACAUUCGGCAGAAGCACGCUAACUACCUCCCAAGAGCUGGAUAGAGUACAAGAGAAGGCGGAUAAAUCAGCGGCUGAGUUGAGACGGACUCAGGCGGAGCUGCGAGUGACCCAAGCUGACGCCGAAAGAAGCAGAGUGGAAGCCAGCGCCUUACAAGACAAGCUGGAGAAGUCCCAAGGAGAAGUCUAUCGUCUGAAAGCUAAACUUGAAAAUGCACAAACGGAACAGGACAGUCUCAAGGAGGAAUACGAUCGCGUUCAAUCCUCAGUAAGUCGUCUGCACUCCGAACGAGACAAGGCCAUAGCUGAACUAGACAAAGCGAGAGAAGAACUGGAGAGAACUCAAGCCACUUUAGGCAAAGCACAGCUGCAGCAGGACAAGCUGCAGGCCUCGCUUGACUCCGCCCACUCCGAGAUAGACAAGCUGCAAGAAAAACUUGACAAAUCAGCCGUCGAAGUCAGGAAGCUCCAGGUGGAUCGCGAGAAGUCGGCCUAUGACUUCGAGUCGCUUCAGUCCCAGCUCGACAAAGCUCUGGGACAAGCCGCUAGGCUGCAGAAGGAGAGGGACACGGCACAACUGGACGCGGACAGGUUCAGGGACAAGCACGAGAAGGCACAGGCGCUGGUAGCUAGAGUUCAGAAGGAACGAGACGCAGCAUUAUCAGAGGCAGCGUCUUGUAGAGAAAGGGCGGAGGCAGCGGCGGCGGCGGCUAACAGAGCGGCAAGAGAUAGAGACAGCGCAGCAACGGAACUGGACGUGCUGAGAGAGAGAUGGGAGAAGGCACACCAACAACAUCAGAAGCUUACGAUGGAGAAAGACGACGCCCUGACGGAAUUAGAAAUAAUGAAAGAGAAGCUGGACAAGGCUUUGUAUUCCACACAAAAGACCAUCGAAGAGAAGGAAACGGCGCACAAAGAAUACGAGAAAAUGCUGGAGAAAUAUGACAGAUCGCAAAACGAAAUCUACCGACUGCAGAACAAGAUAGACAUCCUCGAAGCAGACAAGGACAGAAUUGAGCUGGAAUACGAGAAGAACAUGCAUUUAGCCACAAAGUCCAGAGAAGAUCUCAGAAAAUUGCAAGACGAACUCGCGAGAUUACAGGAAAUGUACGAUAGGGCGUCGUUACAGCUGGGCAGGACGAAAGAACAAGAAGAAAAGGCCAAAGAAGACAUGGAUAGACUGAGCGUCGACAUAGAAAUGGUGCGAGAUCGUUACGAGAAAGGCCAAAUAGAACUGAGAAGAUACCAAGCAGAAAAAGAAAAACUAGUCGCCGAUAACGAACGCUUGCAAUUCGAAUACGACAGAGCGAUGGCGCAGUGCGGCAAAGCACAGGCGUCCAACGAAAAGACACAAGAGGAGAUGGCCAGAGUACAGAUAGAACUCGAAAAGAUGUACGACAAGCAUGACAAGGUGUCCGCCGAGCUGAGGAAGGCGCAAGCGGAGCUGGAUAAGGUCAAAGCCGACGCCAGCGGCGCGAGGGAGGAGGCGGAGAGGUAUGCGGCGCGCUACGGGAAAUAUCACGACACUAAGGAAGAACACGAGAGGACUAAGUUGGAGGUGGAACGACUGCGCACGCGGCUCGAGAAGACCACCCUCGACCUGGAGCGAGCGAGGAAGGCUGACGAGGAAGUGAAUCGACUGCGCUCGGAACUCGAACGAGUGGAGGGCCUCCGAGGUAAAUACCAAUUCGAACAGGAUAAGUGGAGCACGGAAGUUAACCGACUGCAGGCCGAGCUAGACAAGUACCGCGAACGGCACGAAACAUCCCAGGCCGAAAUACAGAGACUGCAAACCGAGAAGGACCAAGCGGAGACCAAGCUACACGAACUGAACAUACAACUAGAGCUGUCCAAGAGCGAGGUCACCAAGCUGAGUGCGGCCAUGGAGAAACAGCGCACCGAUCUAGAGCGCGCUCACAUUGAGUGCGAGAAGUUCAGAGAUAGGUGUGAGAAAUUGAAAUUGCGUUCGGAACAGUUGGAUAAAGACAAUGAGAGGCUCAAAGGCGAGCUGCAACAGAUCGAAAGGAUGAAAUUGCAAGCGGUCGCCGGUGAUAAGGCCAGGACCGAAGACAGGCUGGAGAUUGAGAGACUCCGAGAUAAGCUGGAGAAGGCCAUACAGGCGCGGGAUGCGACCGAAAUGGAAGCCGGUCGCUUGGCGAAGGAACUAGAAAAGUCACAGAUGCAUCUCGCCAAGUAUCAGGAGACAAAUGAGACGACUCGAGUGGAAUACGAUAGAAUGACCAACGAAUUGGGCAGGAUGCACGAGCGUUUAGAACGUACGAUACUAGAAAUGCGCCAGAUCGAACAAGAAAGGGAUGCUCUUAGAACUGAGAUACAGAACACGAGGCGAAACAUCGAACAGCAACAACGCACUUUGGACCACAGGACACAGGAGACUUUAGUUAAACUACAACAAGAGCUGGCUCAGUCGGUGCGAGACAGAGAAAAGAUGGCGUCCAUCCUCGAACAGAGAGACAAACAGGCUGAUGCCAUAGAAAAACAAAUAGUUAAACUGGAAGCAGAUACUAAACAAUUGACGAUCGAACGCGAUCAGCUCGUAGCUCAAUUAGAAAAAUCUCAGGAUAUGCUGGUAAACUUCCAGAGAGAGCUGAACUCCUCGGAGACAGAACUCCAGAAGCAACGGGAGGAAGUGCGUAGACUCAAGGAAGAACAGAGAAAGAUGGCUCAAGACUCAGAACGCGGCACCAAGUCGGUUAUUGAAAGUCGGGAUAGAGAAAUAGCAAAGUUACAACAGCAGGUACAGAACGUGUCCAAAGAGAAAGACACUUUCAGGCAGAGAGCUGAGAGGGCGGAGAAGGAAGCACAGAAAGCGGGAGAGAUAGAGAAAUGGAAGAUGGCCGUCGAAUCGGAGAAGACGAAAGCCAUAGCAGCAGAGAAAGCGCUGUCGGAGUGCCAGCAGCGUUUACAGAAUUUGGAGAGACAGUUCCAGAUGCAACAGCAGCAGUUGCAGCAGCUUCAAGCGCGAGGACCGUCCGACGUCAAGGAAGUCCAGAAGCAGCUCGAAGCGGCUCAAGCCGAGGCGCGCUCGCUCGCGGUGGAGCGGGAGCGUUGCCAGGCGCAGCUGGAGAUGCUCGUACAGGAAUUGGAAAAGAGCCAGUUCGACUUGCGAGAGGCGAACAAGAAGCUACAAGCUACAAGUCAGAGCGCCAGAGCUGGGGAAGAUACGGCGCAAGCUAGGAAACAGCUGCAAGAAGAAUACAAGAAGUUAGAAGACGCGAGGAAACAGUUCGACGAGAACAGAAGAAUGGUCGAGAACAAACGUAAAGACGUGGAGGACAAGGAGAAGUCGCUGAUGGAGCUGGACCGACAGUUGAAGAAACGGAAGGAACAAAUGGACCAAAUGGAAGCGUCUCUGAGGAAGGCCGGCGGCAGUGCAGCAGCGGUAACGGAUCUGAACAGGAAGUUGGGCGACACUCAGAAGGAGGCGGAACAGUUGCAGCAGAAGUUGAAGGGCAGCGAGGAGGAGUGCUCGAGACUCGCCGCUGAGACUGAGAGACUGUUACAGCUGGUGCAGAUGAGCCAGGAGGAACAGGCGCAGAAGGAGAAGCAGAUCAUGGAGCUGCAGCAGUCCAUACGUAACCUUCAAGCCAAAAUUAAAACUCAGCAACAAGCACAAGCACAAAGAGAAGAGGAAAUCACGCGCGCGCGACAGAGCGAGAUAGCGACUAUCACAGAUCUAACGAACUCUUUGAAAGACAGGGACAGGCUCAGAACUAAAUUGGAAGAGAGUAAAAUGAAAAUCAUUGAUCUAGAAAUUGAAUUAAACGAGUCGUCCCUGAUACUGUCAGAGAUACUAAAAAUAUCGGAUAGCUGUGAGUUAAACAACAUAAAGAGGAGCAGAAGCUUUUUCGAGCUGCAAAAAAGCAAUAAGGUAGUGGAUAGGUUAGACAGAGGUAUCAGCAAAAGUCAUAACGAUCUCAUCAGCAUGAAAGAUGGCCGACAGACAAACACGCGUAGACUGUCGCAAAAAAUCACGGAUAUGACGAGAGAGAUAGGGAUAAAAAACGCCAAGAUAAUAGAACAGCAAACAUGUAUAAGCAUGCUGGAGGAUGCCUUGAGGGAGAGCAACAACAUAGCGGAGUUAGAGCAGCUGUUGGCGGUCGUCAGGAGCAAGGACGAACGAAUCAACGAGUUGGAGCAGUUCCUGGACAAGAAACCCAGCACCGGGGACCAGGGGAAGAGAAUCCUGGAACUGGAAGAGGCUUUGAAGGAAUCGGUGCUGAUAGCAGCCGAGAGAGAGAAAGUCUUUUAUGACGAGGAACAGAAGAGAAUCGAAACAUUACGAAAGAUGAAGAAGCUGGAACAACGAAUCCUUUCUCUUCAGAACGCGUCCAUUAUGAGCUGCUCCACUUGCUCAGCGGUGAUUAACAAGCUGAAGGUUGUCGAGGAUUCCUUGAGGAACUGUGAUAACAACAGGAGAGAGAUACUGACGGAUCUAGCGAGAGUCGUACAGGAUCUACUCGAAAGCGCCAUAACUGAAAAGGAUACGGAAAUAGCGCAGUUAGAGAUGAAAGGAGUUCUGAAUGAAGAAGACACAAUAACUUGCGACCGACUUAAAAAUGACAAAGAGAGAUUGCUACACAGACUUAGAGUGGAGAAUGAAAGAAUUCUUAAUUUCGACAAAGCACCGACCGAGCAAAUUAGUGAAGAGCGUGGAAGCGUUCCCGUGUUGACACUCGCUGAUGAUCUCAUGGCGGCUGGUGGUGAUGGGAUAGCUUGGGGAGAGGACAUCCCGGCGACUGUGUUGUGACGUCACAAAGCUAAGUCUAAUCGUAACUAUGUUGUUAGCACCUCACCUCAUCCGCUACCUUCAUCGCUUGACACAUGCCUUCCCGCCAAAAGUACCCAAAAAAAAAAAAACUCCCCGCUUGCAAUUUCCGAACCGUUCAGAAACCGCGCCGAGCGACCAAACAAUUUGUAUAUGUUUUUUUUUUUUAAUUUUAAGUUUGACAUUCGAUUGAUAUGGAACCAAAUAUAUAUCUAGAUAUGAUUACUGUUAUAUAAUGUAUACCUAUAUAGAGCAAUAAUAUAAUCUUCUAGAAGAAACACUCAGUGUCUAUUUUUAUCCUGUGCUAGUCAAAUUUAUUGAAUGUUCCACAGCUUUAUAUUAUUUAUGAGAUUGUUGUUUAUUGCUGUAUUGUUUAAUGUUAUGCGUCCUUACCACUAGUUUCCCGGUUACCGACUGUGACCUAAGUUACACGUGUGAGAUUUAUGAAUAGAAAACUGUGAACCGUCUGUGUUUAGUUCGUGUACGGACUCAUGGUAGGGGUGCUUGGAGUAAAGCUUGUAGCGGAGUCGAUAUGCAUAUAUGAACAUAUCAAGGGAGUGAACGUGUAACUAUCUCGUUUAAUAUUGGCAGCUACCUUGUCAAGGCUUUUUAUAACUUUACAAACAUAUUCUUGUUACCGUUUAUUAUCUAUGGAUCCUUAUGUCCGUUUGCCGUUUCCUGUUUCGCGAGUCGGAUCGUUGUGCCGAAUUAGUAACAUCGAAAUGUCACUUGCUGUUUUAUAUAAGGACCGUGGCCACUUCCAUAAAAAAUAAUAUUGUUCAAUAAUAUAAGAGGAUGAAUCGACCGCAUAUACAUUGUGUUAUGUAAUUUUCUAAUACUUUAUCAGUUAACGGGUCCAAAAUGGCCAUCGUCCUUUAGUUAAGCUGUCACUUUGACUUUGACAUUUUGCGUGGAAACCAUAGACAAUUCGGAGUCGGCUUAUUACUCGAUAAGUGUCGCUGUAGUGUUAACGUUAUGUCGGCCAUAGACAAGCUGCAUGGUUUUGUUUUUUUUUUCUUUUUUGAAAGGUCACAAACAGAAUCUUGCAGCUUCGAGUUUUGUAUUGAAUCAAGUGUGUAGCGAUGUACGAUCACAAUAAUAACUGUAUUUAAUAUUAGUUACCUGUUAUUAAUAUUGUAAUAUUUAAAUCGGGUCGCUGUUUCACGCGUUGUAUUGACCGGAACUAUGCUGAUGUAAGGAUACAUGUUCUUUGAAAAUAUAAUAUCUUCAUAUAAUACAAA